UAGGCUCGACUACAGAUAUAGAGAGAGAAAUUAAAAGGGUUGGAAGAUCUUAUUGAAGACUGAAUAAAAGAGAUGAACAUGAUCUUCAUGCUGGGGUGUAAUAGUCAAUCCUGGCCGAUAAAUUCCAAACCAAACCCAUUGCGUACAUUAUAUUCAUAUUUGUAAGUCGGUCAUCUUUCAUUCUUAUCCUCCUUGCACUUUCCUUGUACAGAAUAAAGAAAAAAAGCAUUUUCAGUACUAGGUGGUAUUAAUCUUGCCUUUUAUACCAUGAAUUUACACACUUUUCGGUUUGGAUUAACACACACAAACAAGAAGAGAUAACCCUUUUGAAGUAAAUAGAUUAUUCUGUUUUUAUACUGAAGUUACUCUACAUUGGGAUCUUUAUCUGUUGUGUCAAGAAAAUCCAAGAUUUUUCUGGUGUUUUUUUUUCCCCUCAUUAUGUUGUCGAGAUCUUAUUUCAAUCUGUUGAACCUCGAUGACUAUUCGAGUGGAGGUGAUCGGGCCCGGGUUCCGAGAGUGAUUUCCGUUCCGGGAAUCAUAUCUGAUUUUGAUGAUCGUGAUGAAGGGGUAGAAUCUGAUGCACCUGUUCAUCAAGAAAGAAGAGUCAUUGUAGCCAAUCAGCUACCUCUAAAGGCAUAUAAAGAUUCAGAAACCAAUAAAUGGUGCUUUGAUUGGGAUGAAGAUGCCUUAAUUUUACAAAUGAAAGAUGGGUUUUCACCAGAUGUGGAAUUUGUGUAUGUGGGGUGCUUGAGGGUGGAGAUUGAACCAUUAGAACAAGAAGAAGUGGGUCAACUUUUGUAUGAAAAAUUCAAAUGUGUGCCUACCUUUCUGUCAUUGAAUUUGAUGAACAAAUUUUAUCAUGGCUUUUGUAAGCAUUAUCUGUGGCCUUUAUUUCAUUACAUGUUGCCUUUUACACCUGAUCAUGGAGUCAGAUUUGAUAAGGACAUGUGGCAGGCUUAUGUUUCGGCAAACAAGGUUUUUGCUGACAAGGUUAUGGAGGUUAUCAACCCAGAUGAAGAUUAUGUUUGGGUACAUGAUUAUCAUCUCAUGGUGCUACCUACUUUCCUGAGGAAAAGGUACAAUAGAGUAAAGCUUGGAUUUUUCCUUCAUAGUCUUUUUCCUUCAUCUGAAAUUUAUAGAACUUUGCCUGUUAGGGAGGAAAUUUUGAGGGCCCUUUUAAACUGUGAUCUUAUUGGAUUCCAAACAUUUGAUUAUGCUAGGCAUUUCUUGUCAUGUUGUAGUAGAAUGCUUGGAUUGGAUUACCAAUCCAAGAGGGGGUAUAUUGGUCUAGAUUACUAUGGUAGAACUGUUAGUAUUAAAAUUCUACCUGUUGGAAUUCAUAUGGGUCAGAUUGAAUCAAUUAUGUCGUUACCAGACACUCCUAAGAAAGUUAAGGAAUUGAAGGAAAAGUAUGAUGGGAAAAUUGUGUUGUUGGGUGUAGAUGAUGUGGACAUGUUUAAGGGUAUUGGUUUGAAGUUUGAAGCCUUUGGGCAGCUUUUGGACGAGAAUCCGAGAUAUAGGGGAAGUGUUGUUUUGGUUCAAAUUAUGAACUCCCCAAGGAGUCAGGGAAAUGAUAUCCAAGAGGUUCAAAACGAGAUUAAUAAUGUUGCGACAGAAGUUAAUCGACGAUAUGGUAGUGCAGACUAUGAACCAAUUGUUUGUAUCAAUGGCCCUGUUUCUUUUCAAGAUAAGGUUGCGUAUUAUGUGAUUUCUGAGUGUGUCGUGGUAAAUGCUGUGAGGGAUGGAUUGAAUUUGGUGCCUUAUAAGUACACUGUAUCUAGGCAGGGUAGCCCUUAUUUGGAUGAGGUGUUGGGACUUGAGGGAUCAGCCGCUCCAAGGAAAAGUGUCAUUAUUGUCUCGGAAUUUAUAGGAUGUUCUCCAUCUCUAAGUGGUGCAAUUCGAGUGAAUCCAUGGAACAUCAGUUGUGUGGCCGAGGCCAUGCAUUCAGCAAUUUCAAUGCAGGACUUGGAGAAAGAACUGCGCCACGAGAAACAUUACAAGUAUGUUACAUCGCAUGAUGUUGCCUAUUGGGCCAGGAGUUUUGAUCAGGACCUCGAAAGAGCUUGUGCUCAGUAUUACGAAAACAGGUGUUGGGGCAUUGGCUUUGGUUUGAAUAUCCGAGUUGUCGCCUUGGGGCCUCAUUUCAGGAAGCUUUCUGUGGAACACAUUGUUUCUGCAUAUAAGAAUACUAGUAGUAGGCUUAUCCUUCUCGACUAUGAUGGUACCAUGAUGCCACAAGAUCUAAUUGACAAAUCUCCAUGCCGUGCAGUUAUUUCCGUCUUGAAUGGUUUAUGCAAUGAUCCAAUGAAUGUUGUGUUUAUUGUUAGUGGCAGAGGGAAGGAUUCAUUAGAAAAGUGGUUCUCUCCAUGUGAGAGACUCGGGUUAUCUGCAGAACAUGGCUACUUCACCUGGUGGACUACGAAUUCUGCAUGGGAAUCUUGCGGUUUAGUCGUCGACUUGAGCUGGAAAAACAUAGUUUUGCCUAUAAUGGAGCAUUAUACGGAGGCUACUGACGGUUCAUCGAUUGAACAAAAGGAGAGUGCUUUAGUGUGGCAUCAUCAAGAAGCCGACCCCGACUUUGGCACAUGGCAGGCAAAAGAGCUUCUUGAUCACUUGGAAAGCGUGCUUGCUAAUGAACCCGUGGUUGUUAAAAGAGGCCAGCACAUUGUUGAGGUGAAACCACAGGGUGUGAGCAAAGGCGUGGUCGUCGAGAAUCUCAUUACAACCAUGAGGAAUACCGGGAAGCCACCCGAUUUUGUGUUGUGCAUAGGGGACGACAGAUCUGAUGAGGAUAUGUUCGAGAGCAUCGCAAGUUCAGUUGCCAGCCAUUCAUUGCCUGAUACAGCAGAAGUAUUCGCGUGCACCGUCGGUCAGAAACCGAGUAUGGCAAAGUAUUAUCUGGACGAUACAGACGAAGUCAUCAAAAUGCUUCAAGGCCUUUCAGCUGCAUCAGCACGUCAAGUACCAAAGUCUCCUCAUAAUCAAGUCUCGAUUGAAGACUCAAUAUGAAUGACAGGAAAGAAAAGCAGAAGCUUCAAGUUUGCUCAACAGUGUGGAGACUACCAUAUCUGCAUGCAGUGUGAUCUAGAGACGGGGAGAUAUACACAGCUUUGUACAGACAGAAAAUUUACCAGACCUCUCAAAACCAAUAGAAGUUUUAAAAAAAUUCUUGAUCCAGGUUUUUCCUACAUCCCACCACAGGAAAGAAAUGUUAGUUCUCUCUUUGUUCAUAGUACUGUAUGAUCCAUUGACAAUGUCCAUUACAGUUCUGGGUUCUCAUUUUGUACUUUUUUAAGUAAUUUCAGAUUGGUUUUGAGUUAUUCGUAUAAUCUUGAAGCAGGAUAGAUUUGUUCU